GAUAUGCCCUAUGUCUACGUGAACUCCUCUGGAACGAUUAAGAACUACAAACCUAUCCAAGUGGUGUCAGCCUGCAGCCUGGAAAUCUACGCCUUCCCCUUUGACAGACAGAACUGCACCCUGACCUUCCGAAGCUGGCUGCACACAGUGAAUGAAGUGAACCUGGCCCUAUGGAGGAGCUUGGAGGAUGUGGCGAAUGACAAGAGUGCCUUCAUGAAUGAAGGGGAGUGGGAGCUCAUCACAGUGCCCUCCAGAUACGAACAGCUGCAUAUAGACACCAGGGACUAUGCUCAGAUUCAGUUUAACGUGGUGAUUCGCAGACGGCCCUUGCUCUAUGUCGUCAGUUUACUGAUUCCCAGUUUAUUCCUUAUGAUUGUGGAUGUCAUGAGUUUCUACCUGCCUCCAAACAGUGGCACCAGAAUCACCUUUAAGACCAGUAUCCUGUUGGGUUACACAUUGUUCAGAGUCAACAUAUCCAAUGAACUGCCAGCGACUGCUAUUAAAACACCUUUAAUAGGUGUAUUCUUUGCGGUCUGCAUGGCACUGCUGGUAGUCAGCCUGGCGAAAUCCAUCCUCGUUGUGAAGCUGCUGUAUCACAGCGAGAAACCUGUAAAGGACAUGUCCAUCUCAGCCUGCCUCCUGGACAAAUACGGAUCUUACAGCCAAAGCAUCAAGGAUGAUGGGGGGCAAAGUAGAGGGUACCAGUUUGAAGUUUCUCCAAAGAUGGAGAUGCCCCCCACCAGUGGAGAACUGAGCAAGAACAUCCUUCUAGAGAAGAUCCUCCGGGAGAUCGUUGCUCUCAAGCAUUACCUUGAGCAGAUCGACGACGCUGGCAGCAUGACUGUGGAGUGGCUGGCUCUGUGUUAUAAACUGGACAAGUUCCUGUUCCGCCUGUACCUGUUCAUCCUCGCCAUCUACAUCAGUGUUCUGUGUUCUCUCUGGGUCAUGUGGAGCUCCCCCUAGAGCUUGCAUACUACACUCAAGACUUUUUUCAUAAGAACCCAUCAUAUCGUGUGUAAUAGAACACCUUUAAGCCGCGGGAACACAAAGCCACUUUUUCAGGAACAGUGGCUUCAGACCUGUAUCAAACCCCUGGUGUGCCAUGUGUUGGCCAGAACCCUAGUCUGCUAAAAGCACCAAGUCACAAAGUGGCUUUGUGUUCCCUCAGCUUUAGGCUACUCGCAGGUACUGAACCAAAUAUUUGUGGUUUGUUUCAAUGUUACGUGGUAUGAUUGGGUUAGUAUAAAAUUAACUGCUUUUAACAAAUAUAUUCACUGAAGAGGAGUUAAAUUGUUAUAACAAAAGCAGUAACGUGGUAGAACUGCAAGAGCAUGCACUGUAGAAAACUAAUUUCUUCAAUGACUUUGAACUCAUUUUGAGCCAAAGAAAACCCAACACUGUACAGCCCGCUACUGUUAAAAAUCAUCAUUGUUUAGGAGAUUUGCAUUCUGCAUUCCUGUAUUUAAUGGAACCAACUAAUCACUGCUCACUGAGAGUAUACAGACAAUGCAUUUCUUUGCUACAGCGAACCCAGCAUCCCCCAUAAGGACUACAAUAGCAAUGCAAUGGUUCUAGAAUAUGGAAAUGAUGGGAGAACAAUGACUGCAUCAGAACUGCAAUGGUAUAGUAAUCAGGUAUCACAGUAGUCUGCUGGUGCAGUACUGUAGUUCCAGAUCAUUACCAUUGCUUUACUGUAUAAGGACCACCGUGUCAUGGUUAUUCCAAAUCCUUUGUGUUGCCCUUGCUGGUACUUAAUGCUGUGAUCUGCUGAUGGUAAUGCUACAGUUUCAUCAGGGUGACAGAUUAGGAUCCUGAUGGUAUCCCAAGGAGAAC